AUGGCCAAGAGGUUGCUGCCAGCCCGCGUUCAGGUGAGUAAAGGCCACUUCUUUUUUGAGCUGCCUUCAGGCUGCAGAAGAGGCAAAUCUAUUUCAUUCUUUCUUGAACUCUCUGGGCUUCAGAACCCAAGGAGGAACAGAAGCUGCUGAAAGGUGAGACUAUAACUCCUGAAGGAAGGUUCUUCCUGUCUCCAUUAAUCAGUUACAUAGCCAAUGACCAGGAGUUAACUGCCUUCCCUUCCUUAUUGAGCAGACAUUAGUCUAUCAGGCUGUUAUAUAGUUCCCUGGUUCUUGCAUUCUCUUGGAGAAGGUGUCAGCAAGACACACAGAGCCUCAGCAAGCAAGGCUUUAUUAGAGCAGGAACUUACUUGCACGGGCAGAGUAGCUGUCUGAGAGAUGGAAUCAGCUCAUAGGGUGUCAGCUACAGUUUUUAAUAUCUUUCCCACUUAACGCCUUUGACUGGUGGAAAGUGUAUCACCCCUGCCUCCCCGGUGUAUGUUAACUUGAGGUCUUAUGACCAGAUUGUAGGACUGGUUUCAUCCUCACUUGUCUCUUCGAUGCUCAUCAGCUCCAGUAUCCUUUGGCCAUAAAGCUAAGCUUAAACAAUAGAUCUUUUGUUCCCACACCAGCCCCUACCUUCAUACUCAUAUUUAACUUCUGCCUGAUGACGAGAAGUGGAUCUGGGCUGCAUCCAAAGGCACAGAAGGAAAAGAUUACAUGGCAUAAAUGUAGAAGCAGAGCACAGAAACCCAUAGGUUCAAGCUUUGUUUAUUUAGACUUGUCCCCAUGCAGAGUUCCUGGUGAUGCAAGCCAUGCUCCUUUGGUGCUUGAUUGGCUGAGCUUGUUUUAUUUUGUAAGGAACCCAGGGAGUUUUUGUCUUCAUAGUCUAAAGGCUAUUAUAUUAACUUCUGCCAUGAUUCUGCUUAAAGAAAGGCAUGGGUACCAGUCUCUUAGGGGGAGCUUUUCUGAGUUGAGACUGGCAAAUGACUUAGCCAGUAAGAAGAUUCACAAACUCUCUGGGGAGAUGGCUUAAUUAGUAAUAUAUUUGCUACACAAGUCUGAGGACAUUAGUUUGAUGCAAUACAUAGAACUCAAGUAAAAAAGCCAGGAGCAGUGGUAUGUUGUUAGUCAUCCCAGCCCUGGAGAGGCAGGUGGAUCCCUGGGGUUCACUGGCCUAGUGAGUCAAUGAGGGCUAGGCCAGGGAGAGGCCCCGUCUCAAAAACAAGAUGGAUAGCAUACUGAGGGGUUUGACACCUGAGGUUGACUUCUGGUUUCAACACACUUGGGUGCAUAUAUAGAUACACACACACACACACACACACACACACACACACACACACACUCAUAUACACCUGAAAAGGACAGAGAUUCUGAAAGAAAAGGAGUAGGGGCUGGGGAUGUUGCUUAUAGAUGAGCACUUGCCUAGCAUGCUCAGGGCUCUGGGUUCGAUUCCUAGUGCUGCCAAGAAACAGAAGUAGGACUGCCUCUUCCUUCAUUUCCAGGGAGGAAAGUCAAACCACUCCUCUUUAAAUUUACUUUUGCCCUUUCAGAGCAGGAAGAUGCUAAGCUUUGUGACCAGCUUGGGGUUGUGGAGAUGUGCCUCUGGCUUGGCAAAGAAAAAGCGAACGCCUAGCAUUUCCACUCUAGAAGGACCGCCGGUGUUGUACACGGAUGCCCAGCCCCAUAAUUUUGUAGAGUAUCAGAAACCUGGAAACCACCACGCCAUCUCCUUUCGAAGACUAAUACCUUUCUUAGUCUGGAGUUCUGUUCUGUCUUCCUGAUCUUGUUUUGUGAUGUCAGGUGCUCUCUUGUAGGGUGCUGUGUUUGCACGUUCUUAGGGCACAGUGAGUCACUUAUUGUAGGAACCUCCUGAAUACAUGCUGGUUAAUGAAGCUGUUGUCCUGAAAUGCUUGCUUGGCUUGAGACACUCAAAACCCUCACAGAGUUGCUUCUCACUCAUGCUCUCUGUGGGCAUGGUCUGGGAUGAGCAGGAAGGGGUUUGCUGUUCCAGGAGCCUGUGACGUUCAGGGAUGUGGCCGUGUUCUUCAGCCAGGAUGAGUGGUUGCAUCUGGACUCUGCACAGAGAAGCCUGUACCGGGAGGUGAUGCUGGAGAACUACAGCAGCCUGGCCUCACUGGGUAAGGGGUUUAUUGGGGUGCAUAUUCUGACAUGGAAAUACAUGAUCUCUACCCUCUGCCUGGUAGGACGUGUGAAGGGCUUGGCUAGGUUUGGCCUGUGGAUGGGCUCAGACAUGGCUGUUUUUCCCCUUGGCUGUUCUGAGACAUCUGAAUAUGGCUGAGUUAAAUAAAGGGCACCUUCUCUUGUGUUUUUCCUGUCUCCCCAAACCCAGCUCUGUUGUGGUGGGUCCCCUAAGCCAUCCAACCAAAAGAAGUGCCGAACCAGAGCCCUGACUCACAUCCUGAGGCUGUCUCUCAACAUCCUCUAGGAGCCCAGCUUUAGGCUGCUUUCUAAACAAAACUUCUCUUCCUCUGCACUGAGCCCCGACCUCGGGGUCUGCUUGGCCUGGACCUCUAUGCUAAUAUGGCCACUCAUGUCUUCUUGUUCGUGUAUGCAUGUACUCAGGUAUUCUGUUUUCCAAGCCAAAGGUCAUCUCUCAGUUAGAGCAAGCAGAAGACUUCCAGGUGGUGGAAAGUGGAAUGCUUCGAGGUGUAUACUUAGGUAAGUGGCAGAGGGAUCAGAACUUGAACUUGGCAUUUCUUACCUGCCUGGGCACAAUAAGGGGAUUAUGCUCAGAAGACACUGGCCAGGGACCUCCUUUGAUGUGGCAGCACAUGGAGAUUGCUGGGAAGGACAUGUCUCCCUUCUUUGUUUCUGGUCAUCUUGUCCAUCAGGUUCAGAGGGAGAGGUGAAUUCCCCAAGCACAGAUUGCACUUUGUCAAGUGCAUUUGUCAUUCAAUAGCAUGUGCUACAGUGUAAUGUGCAGUAAAUGUCUGUCGGUCUCGAUUCUUCUACCCUUCCCUUUUACUGCACUAAUAACCUGUACUACUUUAUGGCUUGAACAUAACUUUCAUGACUGUAGUGCAUCUCUUUCACUUCAGUGCACCAGUGAUAACUCAGAGUAUCCAGAAUGUGUUGGUGUCACAUUAAGGAAAAUAAGUCAGAGCACUUCCCCUUGGAAUAGUUAACAGGAACAAGCCCAGAUUUAAAUUUUCUGCUUCUUUCUCCCCGUGUCUUCCAUCUCUCUAUUGCAUGAAUCUAAAUCUGUGCCUUCCUGAAUGCUGUCUUAGGAGUCUGUCCCUGUGCCCGUGUGUGUCCCCAACAAAGGGCUUUUGCUCUGUAUUUAUUGAAUGUCACAGGAAUACGGAGAAAGAAUGAGGGAAAUUUUACAACAAUCUUUAACAGAUUUUUACAAGGGAUGAAACUUUUCUUACUCCAACUGACCCAGAUAACAAACAAAUGCUAUCAAGUAAUGUCUGAAUGCUGCUUCCAACAUUUACAGAGAUACUCUUUUUAUAAUGUUGCUUUUCAACAUAGUUUUUGCUUUCCACAAGUGACUACCACAUCAUGCAUACAUACACACAUGCAUUGCUCUCUAGGUCGGGGGCAUGGAAUUAGAUUACAAUUCUCCAUUAGCUUAGGUUCUAAAAGUUGGUUACAUGGGAAAUCCAAGGCAAGUAAGGAUGGUUGUUACAUUGCUCUGAUAAAGGCAGUCAAAUAAACAGGCUGAGUACAUAGUAGGAAGGCAGUCUUGAAUCUUAAGUAAUCUCAAGGUAUGUUAUUAAUUCUGGCUGUGAGGUCCAAUAAAAGUUCCAGACUUUAUGAAUUUUCAUAAUAAUGUAUUGCCAUACUGUCUUGGGCUUCUGCUUUGACUUUAUGACUCAGUAUCCAUUGUUAAUGAAAAACAACAGAAGAAUGUGUACAUGUGCAAAUACAUGAGAGAAACUAGGUGUGCCAAUAUGGUGACAGCUAUAGAAUUUCAGCAGGUUUGUAGCUGUUCAUCAGGCUGUUUGUCACUGGGACAAUUAAUUCCUAAGCCAUGUACAGCAGAUCUUUGUCCCUGAUAUCUUUGCCGAGUUUGACUCUGAUGGCCACAUCACUAGUGCCCACUUUCUGUUCUGCUUUGCAUUUUGUCUUUGUUUCUGGCUCAGAGGAUGAUUCUCUUGGACCCUGCUACUUACCCAGAAUUCACUUCUCUCUGGCAGUAGCUGGGUAUUCUGAAUUAGUUGCAUUUUGGGUUGCCAUUCAUGACCUAUCUUCAGAUUUUCAUUUGUUUUGAUGAGGAUAUUGUCCAUGAAUAAUUUUUUAGAAUUUAUGUGUACAAUACAUGUAUAUGUCGAAGUUCGUUCUUCUUUCUUUCUUUUUUUUUUUUUUUUUUUUCGGUUUUUCGAGACAGGGUUUCUCUGUGUAGCUUUGCGCCUUUCCUGGAACUCACUCUGUAGUCCAGGCUGGCCUCGAACUCACAGAGAUCCGCCUGGCUCUGCCUCCCGAGUGCUGGGAUUAAAGGUGUGCGCCACCACCACCCGGCUCGUUCUUCUUUCUUUUGGCAAUAGGCUUUGGGGUAGAAUUCCGGCAUUAGAUGUCUUGGUCCCUAUCAGCAGUGUCCACACGUGGCUCCACUCUACUGUCUUUGAGCAAUAAAUGCUGAUAACAAGUCCCAGCCUGAUUCUAUUUCUCCUGUUUUCUGUACAGGUGACCUCUUUUAUAAUCAAGAAGAUGAAAGCUCCUUUAUAAAAUAUAUUCAUUUCUUUUGAAUCAAUCAUUUCAUUUCUUAUAGUGUAUCCUAAGUAUCCUGGCUCUUACUUAGAUUUUAGAUUUUAUUUACAUUGGUUUAUUUAUAUUGUGCACGAGGGGGUGGGGGAUAAACCACAGCUUGAGUGUGAAACUCAGGGGACUGCUCUCAGGAAUCAGUGCUCUCCUUCUACCAUUUGAGUCCCAGGGAUUGAACUCAAGUUGUCAGACUUGGCAAGCAUGCACCUUUACCCAUCCUGCCAUCUUGGGCCCUAGACUUUUAUCUUCAACUUCAUCUUCUUAUCACUCAGUAUCAGUGUAGUUAUCCCCACUGCAUAAUGCUUUGGUUUUGUGUGUUCUUAUACAGUUCUCAUAAGGCCCUAGUUACUUCGUUAGCAAUUUGGUCUCUUGGCUAUUGAAUGGAAGCCUGUGAGAAUCAGCCCUUGCCUUGCUAUUGCCUGUAAUUCCCAGAGCCUUGGCCUUUGCACUGUCUAUUGAGAGAACACUCAUUACAACAUUAGCACUCUGACAAGGGCCAGAGUGGCACUGUUGAAACUAAAACUGUUUCACAGAGCCCCUGAGGGCAGAGGCACCUCUUCUUCCCUCCCUCCUCUUUCCUCUCUCCUUCCCUCCUUCCUCCUCCCUUCCUCCUUCCCUCCCUCCUCUUCCUCUCUAAAGCUUUCUUUUGAGAUUUACCUGAAUAUACUGGCACCUGAUCUGGGUGACGAAACUGAAAAGUUACAUAAGCUCUGCUCAGAAACACCUGAUGAUGCAGCCUUCGUUGCUAAACCAAGACUGGCACCUCCUCCUAUUGGAAGAGCUGCCAUCUGAUGGCCUCAGCAACCCCCCCCCCCCCCGCCCCCGCUCCGAGACACACACACACACACACACACACACACAUUUCUUCAGACCCUUCCUUUCAGACAUGUCUACCCUCCUAUUUCUUUUCCUUUGCCUUGUUUCUAACCUUUCCUGAGAUUCUGAGUUUGGCUGUGUUAGCUGUGUUCAUGGAUUUCGUUAUUUUCCUUUCUUCCCAGUGCAAGAGUCACUUACAUUUUGUUUAAUUUAGGAUGGAAGAGCUUGUUUGAACCCAUAGUUUCCAAAGGAGAAAAUAAGGAAGUCUUGAAAAACCACAGAGUUGAUGAUUUUCUUGACUUCAUAUUGGGAAGAACAUAUGUAAAUGAGGAACAGCUGGAGGACCAACAAGGCAAAAAGAACAAGCUUUGCAGCAAAAUGCUGCUUUCCAUUAGAAAAGACUACAUACAAGAGAGGGCCUUUAAGGGUCCUGACCUCGUGAGAAAGCCGGGUAUGAAGUCUCCAUUUCCUAGAAAACUUGGAGUUGUCUCCAGAGGAAGAAAGCCCCGCUCACAGCAGGACUCAGUUCUGUUUAAACAACUGGGAUUCAACACAAUGCGAAAGGGUUAUAAAUGUAGCAGCUGUGGAAAAGUCUUUCUCCACAGUUCUUCCCUGAGCAAACAUCAGAGGAUCCAUACUGGAGAGAAGCUCUACAAAUGUAAGGAAUGCCGGAAAGCCUUCAGCCAAAGCUCAUCCCUAACCCAGCACCUGAGAGUCCAUACUGGAGAAAAGCCGUACACAUGCAGCGAAUGUGGGAAGGCUUUCAGCUUUACUACCUCUCUCAUUGGGCAUCAGAGGAUGCAUACUGGAGAGAGACCCUAUAAAUGUAAGGAAUGUGGCAAAACCUUCAAAGGCAGCUCAUCCCUUAACAAUCACCGACGGAUCCACACUGGAGAAAAGCCGUAUAAGUGUAAUGAGUGUGGGAGAGCCUUUAGUCAAUGUUCAUCUCUUAUUCAGCAUCAUAGAAUUCAUACUGGGGAGAAACCGUAUGAAUGUAGCCAGUGUGGGAAAGCCUUUACAUCAAUAUCACGGCUCAGCAGACACCACCGUAUUCAUACUGGAGAGAAGCCUUUUCAUUGUGAUAUGUGUGGCAAAGUGUUCAGUUACCACUCAGCCUUGAUUAUACAUCAGAGAAUUCACACUGGAGAGAAACCAUAUGCGUGCAAGGAAUGUGGGAAAGCCUUCAGCCAAAGCUCAGCACUCAUCCAACAUCAAAGAAUCCAUACUGGAGAAAAGCCAUACAAGUGCGAUGAAUGUGGGAAGGCCUUUUCCUGGAUCUCACGACUUAAUAUCCAUCACCGAAUCCACACAGGCGAGAAACCUUAUCAUUGUAAGGAAUGUGGAAAAGCUUUCAGUUCCCACUCAGCAGUCAACACUCAUCGAAAAAUCCACACUGGUGAGAAACCUUACAAAUGCAAUGACUGUGAAAAAGCCUUCAACCAAAGCUCAGCCCUUAUUCAGCACCAGAGAAUUCACACUGGAGAAAAACCAUUUAACUGUAAAGUAUGUGAGAAAGCCUUCAGACAGAGUUCAUCACUAAUGACACAUAUGAGAAUUCAUACGGGAGAAAAGCCUUAUAAAUGCAAAGCCUGUGGGAAAUCAUUCAGUCAAAGUUCAUCUCUUGCCAACCAUCAGAAGACUCAUUAUUGAGAAAAACCAUAUAAGAAAAAUGCAUGUGAUAAAUCUGCCAAAAGACAUUGAUUCUAUACUGACUGUAACAGAAUUCAUCCUGGAGAGAAAGUGAUGAGUAAUAGUUGGGGGUGAGCAAACAUCAGGCAUUUGUGAUGCAGUAUAAACUUGUGUUUGGAAAACUUAUAUAAAAUAUAAAAUGUUUUCCACGUGUUCUUAAGUUUUACUGACUAUAGAGUUGACUCUAGGACUGAAAGAUUAAUAUUUUCUAGUGAUUCAGACUUAACAGCCACCAGCUUUUGUAACAUCACUGGGGACCUGGUGAUUUAGGUAAAAGCUGAGCCAUGAAUCAGCAGACUUCAGAUGAGCCUAGGAUCUAUGUUGGACAAAGCCUUUCAGUGUUAAUGCAGAGUAGCUGGAUUAGGGAGAAUAAGAAAAGAAAUCUACAUAGGUAACUUGUAGCUACCUCAUGGUCACUAAAGUUUGUUUUUUAAUACUCUGGAAACAAGUUCUUGUUUAUUAAAACUUUUGGUUCAUUUUUCUUUUCUCUAAGUUACUGACCGGAGAAGAAACUCGCUCUGUGAGCUGUACGGGUUAUUGUCCCGAGCAUUGUCUUCCCCCAUUUACCACCUCUGACUCAGACCUAAAGGCACUUUAAGUCACACAAUGCAUGGUGUCUCCACUUGUUUUCCUCAGAAAGUAAUUACCUUUGCUGUAUUAAAUUGUGAAGUAAAGGCUCUUCAGACAAA